UUGGAACGCAUUCGAAAUUCCGUUACAAAUUUAACAACUUUCCAAUAUCCUCAAGGAGAUAAUGGGCCUAGGGCAGCAACAAACAUACAUAGCCAGAUUCCUUAGUCACUCCAUUUUGGAGCACAUGAGGGUCCACGGGAUCUUAGCCUGACUCCAACCGUCAAAGUAUCAUCGGAGACAGGACGUCGACACCGUAAACUUCAAAAUCUAUGCACUACCUUUUUACCUUUCUGUAAAAUAAUGAUUAGGCGUGCCACAUGUUCAAUAUGCGGAGCUCCAUGUGUCCCCUCCUUUGUGCUUUUUGCAUAGAGCACUUUUGGACUUUUGGGAAAUAGGCCCUUAUCCCCAAAAAAACAAGUCCCUCCCCGUCAAAAGAUAUGGAGUAACCGAAUUUUAGCCAUAAUUGUAGCGAUGCCUUCGCUUCCGCUCUGGGGCCCCUCGCUGCUCGUGGCAACCAGAUUAGCCGAGCUCCACCACCAAAGGCCCAUCUCAUUCGCUCCCCCACCUCUGCCUCUAACCGCGAUUACGAAUCCUUGCGUGCCCACUUCUCGCCCUCACCCUCGCCCUCCUCUUCCUCCCUCCCUCCCUCCCUCCCUCGGGUCCGACUUAGCCCCCUUCCACUUUAGCCGCGAAUUUGGUGCUCCUCGAUCGGGCUCACCUUUCCGCCACGCCAACCAUCACACUCUGCACAUUGUUACGAUCAAUUCCCCGUCUGAUCUGCUGCCGAGGACAUUCUGGUUGAGUCGGUCGCCGGGAGCUUUUACCAGCGAUUCUCUCACGAGGGUGGUUAAGUCUGGGGUCUGGGUCUGCCACGAAGCACAGCAGGCGAGAUCAGGGAGCGAGGCCGUGGGGCGACGGGGAGUGAGUUUCAGGGAGGGGGGGCGAGAAUCCGACAUCGGGCUUAGCGACGGUCGAACUACUACUGUAAAGGGGGGACUGGCCUAGCCACGGUUAUGGAUGGUUUGGUGCGUGCGUCAUAGGCAUAUAGGCAGUGUCUGGCUGGUGGUGGUGACGAGAGUAUCGGAAGAGGGACCAAAUUAGGGACAAUGUGGUCUGGAUAAACGUGAAUUUAUAUAUCCGGGAAAACAGGAUUCAUAAAUGAGAAGCGGGCUGGUGGGGCGAUGCACGUCUUGCGAUUUGUGGUGCCUUGGUCCUCGACAGCUUUCCGGGGGACUCAGCCAGCAGAUGCAGCAGCAGCAGCAAACUUGUGGCUGUGACUUACCUCGUGUUAGGAUCCCCGUAACCCUGAUGAGCUCCUCGAACUCGUCGAAGGCCCCCUCCCCC